CAAUUGGACAGCGCGCGAUAGACAAGUAUCCUUUGACGUGGUCUGAGGUUCUUAAUAUUGGUCCCUAUGAUGGCCUUCAUUCCAAGGCGUCACCUUCUGACGAAGGGGUGUUUAUUGCUUUGGCUCUUGUCUUGGGUGUCAAACUCGUACUUAGCCCCCACUCUUCAUCCUCAUUGGAACCAUCAGUCUUCCAAUCCUAUAACGUCUUUGAGCGCGUUACGGUGUAAACAAGAUUCUGAAUGUCCGAAAGUACAAAUUCUUGCAAGGGAGGACGGGGAGAGAUGUCAGGAAGGAUAUCCUUGACGAUGUCAUAGCUGACGGGGUCACUGAUUAUUGGAAUCGGUUUCAAGCACCAUUGUGAGUUGCCCUCCAAGUCUCCGUGGUAUUUGACGCGACGCGCCCGAAUAGAAUAAUGGGAAA